GAAAUUGCCCUUCUCAACUCUCAAAGAGAACAGGGACUUCCCUUAACAAUAUGUCCAAAUCAAGGUUGGAGGGCAAAGUGGCCCUUGUCACCGGCGCAGCCAGCGGCAUAGGCGAGGAGACGGUGAGACUCUUCGCCGCCAAUGGGGCCUUCGUCGUGGCCGCCGAUGUACAAGACGGAUUAGGCCAGCAAGUAGUUCAAUCAAUAGGCUCAGAAAAGGUGACUUACCAUCACUGCGACGUUAGAGACGAGAAGCAAGUUGAGGCAACGGUGAAUUACACAUUGGAAAAGUAUGGCAAAUUGGAUAUCUUAUUCAGCAACGCAGGGAUAAUAGGCCCUUUGACAAGCAUCAUGGACCUUGACUUAGACGGCUUCGACCACACCAUGGCGACAAACGUACGCGGCGUUGCGGCGACAUUCAAGCACGCGGCACGGGUUAUGGUGGCUCGUGGCACCCGUGGGUCGCUCAUCUGCACUGCGAGUGUGUCGGCGUCGCUUGGAGGCACCGGCCCCCACUCGUACUCAGUGUCAAAGCACGCGCUGGUGGGGCUGGUCAGGACAGCCUGCAGCGAGCUCGGGGCGCACGGUAUCAGGGUGAACAGCGUGUCGCCUUACGGGGUGGCGACGCCUCUGGCAUGUCGGGCGUACAACCUGCAGCCGGAGGAGGUGGAGACGAAUAUCUCGGCAGCGGCGAACUUGAAGGGGGUGGCGUUGAAGGCAAGGCACGUGGCGGAGGCUGCAUUGUUUCUUGCGAGUGAUGAGUCGGAGUAUGUGAGUGGACACAACUUGGUUGUGGAUGGAGGCUUCACGGUUGUUGCUCAUGGUUACUCUGCCGUUUGAGGCUGCGCUUUUGGUGGAGUUUUUUAAGCUGCUCUAGCAAAGCCAACGCAAUGUUUAAUCUGUGUAUGUUUUUGGCAUUAAUUUUCUUUUGUAAUUCUAAUAUAUUACUAUAGAAAAAUAAGUUUUGCUUUCAAAGUCAAACCUUGUUACCAGCACUUUCCAUGUGCAUUUUCCUUGCGAUCUGCAGUGCUAUCUUUCCUUCUUUUUU